ACCAUACAUCUCCCAAUUGAACUGCCCACUCAUCUCUGAACUGAGAAACUGUGGAGCUCUGGUUUCUGAAGGAAAGAGAUGGCAGCCAAGGGAAGUACCAGCGUAAGCAGAAAGCAAUUGAUUCUAUCAGCUCUCUGCAAACACUUCUCUCUCGAUCCUAAAUCGUUGCCGGAAAACAUCGCUGGCGAUGAAAUCACGAGCUUGUACUCAACGGUACUGAAAUCAGCCAAAAACGGUGCCGCAGCGCAAGUGAACGAUGGGGUGGUGAUUUGGGUGGGAUAUGCAGAGGGUUUUCCUACAGAUUCCCAGGCAUGCUCUGCAGCUCUCGAAGGGUUGAACGAAACCUUGGCUGACGUUUCAGUGCUUUUGGGCAAUGGGUUCACACCUUCUGAAGCUGAUGCUGUUGUGUUUUCUGCAGUGCAUUCUUCUGUGAUUGGUCUUUCAAAUACAGAUAGGCAAAAGUUGCCGCAUUUGUUGAGAUGGGUGGAUUACAUCCAGAACAAGGUGGAUUUCGGAGACGUACUUGAGAAGAUAGUGGUAGAGAAGGAUAUAUUUGAUUUUCGAGAGUUGGAUGAUUUGCUGGGAGCAAAAAGUGCGGGUAAGAUGGAAAUUGGUUCAAAUGCAAAGAAGACUGUCCAAAGCACAAAAACCGCAGACAAACCAGGGGCAGACCUGAACACAAAGAAAAGUGAUGCUGGGGUAAAGGCUGCAGGGGAAGAGAAAGUUACGUUGGAUAAGAAAGCAGAUAAAAAAGCUACUAAUGAGAAGACAAAAUCACCAGAAACAGAGGCAGUUGAGAAAGACAAAGAAGUUAGUGUCAGUUUAUUGAAUAUACAGGUUGGCCUCGUGCGCAAAGCUUGGAAGCAUCCGUCUGCUGAUAGUUUACUGGUCGAGGAGAUAGAUGUCGGAGAAGCUAAAUUACGGCAAGUGGUCAGCGGCUUGGCAAAAUAUAUCAGUCCAGAGGAGUUAACAAACCGUCAUGUUGUGCUGGUUACGAAUGUGAAACCUGGGAAAUUACGGGAUGUGAUGUCACAAGGACUGGUGCUAUGUGCUUCUAGUGAAGAUCACACCCUAGUAGAGCCCUUGCUACCUCCACAAGGAGCCAAACUGGGGGAACGUGUAUCAUUUUCUGGGGUUGAUGGAAAGCCAGAAGAUGUGCUGAACCCAAAAAAGAAACAGCUGGACAAGAUCACACCGAAUCUUUUCACUGACGAUAAGGGUGUGGCUACCUUCAGGGGUAUCCCGUUUAUGACCUCGGCCGGGCCUUGUACAUCAUCCAUCCCCAAGGGAACUAUCAAAUGAUCGUAUCUUGCCCUUACAACCAAUGUAACUCUCACUUUUCAAGGAAGGAUCUCGCUCACCAUGUAGUUCAACUUAUUUGAUGUCAAGAUAUAUUAUGGAAUUACAGUUUCGUAUUUCGUUUUUGGUAAAGAAAAUUGUUUAGGGUCGCUUAUACUAUUAUGUCAAAUGGUUUGACGUGAUCAAUUUGAAUUCGAAGAUUAGCAUGAGGAUCCUCCUUUUUUUGGGGAUCCCAAGAA